GGCGUGUUCCAACGAAACGAAAAGCUAACAUUAGUCUACCUGAUGCUGCCGGAGUUGGUGUGUCAGAUGUGAACCGUUCUCUCGAACCGGAUUACAGCAUUCAAAACAAUCUACUUUUAUAUGAAACUGUGUCGCUAUCUACGUGCAAUACGUCGAUGUUAAUUGGCUUCUAUGUGUCUACGUUCAAUUUCAAAAUGUAAUCAUUUUAAGUGCUGUUGGUGUUGAAAAAACUCAAUCAGUGUGCAAAUAUGUAUGUGAAAUGUUCGCCGUGUUCCACGAAAACCACCCCAUCAAAUAAAGUUUAAAGUUGAAGAACGCAAGGAUUCUUCGCACCUGCGCAUGGUCGAACACAUGCCUUGCAUUGACACGUGUGUUUUGUCAUUACAGGACGGAAUUUAUAAGGAUAGCGAUCAAAAAACAAAGAGUUAAAUUAAUGUGGGAGAUGCGGUGCAAAUGAUCCUUUGCAAGAAAAAUCCGUCAUGGCUAAUGUGCAACAACGUUCAUCAAGGUCUCUUUUUGAAUGUGUGUUUCGUGCAACUUUUAAAGUUUCUUCAAGCUGAAUUCCUCGUGUGCCAUCAUCCUUUUUAAAUCGAAAACUUCGUGCUUGUGAUUAUCCACUAACAGAUAAGUGCAAUUGACUGCAUUAUGUGACGUUGUGGUGUGCAAUUUCACUUCUUCAUCAAAGCGGAUUUUCAAACUGUUUUAUACGAAAAAUAACCAGAGAGCCGGGGACGGCCCUCGCGCUCCUGUGGAGUUGUUCAGGCAAGAUUUUUCGAAGGCAGAGGCGGCGGCCGGUCCUAGUGUCUUUCUGGGUUCUUUGGAUCGGGCCGAUUAUCUGCCGCCGCCUCCAGCCGCAUCGUCGCCGCCCUCGGAUGUUGCCCAAAUGUCCAUCGGAUUCGUCGAAAAUGCCGGACUCGGUCCGUGUGAGUUGCAGGACCCGGCGUGGGCCAAGAUGAGCGCCUUGGCCACCGGUGUCAAUAAGAAAAGGAAAAAAUCCGAAACAAAACCUCAGGCGCAGAUUAACAAAUGCAACAAUGAAAAACGGCGCCGCGAGCAGGAAAACAUUUACAUAGAAGAGCUGGCUGAGCUAAUAUCCGCAAACUUCGCGGACAUGAGCUCGUUGUCGGUAAAGCCGGACAAGUGCGCUAUCCUUCAAGAGACCGUCAACCAGAUCCGGAGCAUCAAGCAGCGGGAGUCGGCGUCGCAGUCCUCCGAUCCCGUCCAGCAGGGAGAGGUGUCGUCGUCGCGGCCGACCAUCCUCUCGAACGAGGUGUACGGCCCCCUCCUCCUGGAGGCCCUGGAAGGCUUCCUGUUCGUGGUGAACGCCGAGGGCAAGGUCGAGCACGUCACCGAGAACGUCUCCAACUACAUCAAGUUCACCCGCGACGAGAUCUUCGGCAACAGCAUCUACAACUUCAUCCAUCUGGGCGACCACGCGCGCUUCACCACCUCGUUGAUGCCGAUGAUCGGCUGGGGCAGCGAGUCGACGACGACGACGCGAUCGCGCUCCUUCAGCGUGCGCUUCCUGGUGAAGCCGCCCGACGACCAGGACGAGACCGUGGAGGAGAAGCAGCAGCGGGUCAACUGCUAUGAGCUGAUGCACAUCUCCAGCACGCAGCUGAGAGACCAAGUGUCGGUGUCGGACGACGACGGUGCCGACAGCGGACCGUAUUUGUUGUGCGUGGCGAGCAGGAUUUCGCACAGGGACAAAGUUAUUUCCGGGAUUGAACAGUUCACGACCAAGUUGGACACCUCCGGCAAGAUCAUCGGGGUCGAUGCGUCGGGGGUGUCGGCGCCGUAUUCGCAAUUCAUUAACAAAGAACUUAUGGAUCGCGCGCUCAGGGAUCUGGUGUUCCAGCAGGACGUGCACAAACUUAACACGCAUCUCAAAGAAACCAUUCAUACGGGACAAGCGACUAGUGCCGUUUAUAGGUUACAACUCGGGCAGGACAAGUACGUGCAAGUGCAAACCAAAUCGAAAUUGUUCAAGACUAAUCCGCAUAACAGCAACGAUAUUGACUUUAUCAUGGCCACGCAUUCGAUUGUGGGCGAGUACGACGCAACCGGUCCUUCGGAUCCCGGCGGCGGAGGAACCAGCAGCGUCGGCGGCCCGCUGAUGACGAGCGUGGUGAACGGCACCCGCAAUGGCACCGCCCCCGUCAGCUCUGGCAGCGACAGCUCGACGGCCUCCUCGAACGCGCUGAUGAACGCCGGCAACGCGUCCUUCACCCCCUACAUCGACAACGACUUCCCCUUCGACAUCUUUCCGACGUCGACGUUCGAGCUGGAGCCGUCCGGCUGGACGGAAGCGCGGCCCGACUCCCGGCAAAGCGCGACGCCCGUCUCGACGCCGACGCCCCGACCUCCCAGCAAUCCUGCCUACAGCCCGGCCACGACGGUGGCUCAGAGCCCGCUCGCUCCCUUCGUCACGCAGCCGAGUCCGUCGACGCCCGCCGCCCCCAACCCUUACACUAGUACCUUCUCAUUUAGCCCGCUGUCCGAGCAGAACUACAAUGUCGAAGAACCAAAAGAUACCAAAGCAAACGUCUUGGAUGAGGCCUCCAGUAUGAUGGCCGAUUCCGCUAGAUUAAGGAAUUUGUUAACUAAGCCGCCCACGGUCGCCGAUUCCUCGGCGAACGACGCGGACGGCAGGAACAAAAAUAGGAUAUUGAAAGGACUGCUGAAUCAGCAGGACGAAGACGAUAAUAGGAACGAUAACAGGGCCAGUCCCAGAGGCGGGCUCAUCAGUCGAGGCGCGGUCGCAGGACCUUCAGAGUUACCGAAAACCUCCACAGCUGGAGGAAACAACAUGCUGCUACAGUUGCUGAAUGAGAGAAGCGACGACGACGAUAAUCUCGAAGCGAGAGCUGGCGUAAGGAAGAAAAGUGAGUUACUUCAUCAGCUGCUCAAAACUGAAAGUCGCGAAAACGAAGACGAAAAGAAAAACGAUGUUCAAUCGCACGACGACUCGUUAUUGCGUAGUUUGGGCUUCACCAGCUCGCCUUCGCCUCCCAGUGGAGAGCCGGGCAGGAGUCGGAAAAGGCCCAGUGACGACAGGGACGAAAACGUCUCCAGCAAAAGAACAUCGGAUGGAUCUCAGGUUUCGUCGACGGGCGCCGGAACGGGAAGCAAGCUGUGUGAGAAGAACAAAAUGCUGGCCUCCCUGUUGGCGAAAACGCCCAACAACCAGCAACCCAUCCCCCAUAUUCCAGUAAGCCUUAUGUCGGCGACACCGCAAGAUAUUUUACCCCGGAUCUCAUCACUACCCGAAACGGUGAAAACGAGCAAGCCCAUGCCGACGCGAUCUACUACCUCUGUCACGCAACAACGGACCGUUGUCAAGAACACACUGCCGGACAACAUGUCGCGAAUGGGCGCCCGACAACCGACCACCAACUACCUCACAACCAUGUUGACGCACCCGAACAGCAUGCACCACCAGCGAACGCCCGAUAACCGGCAGAUGGCUCAAGUGGAUUCUGGUUCCUACACCUCGCCGGCUACGUCCAGCACCGACGGAAACAUCGACGCCUCCAUGUGGGUCGACAACAACAACUCCAACGAUCCCCUGCUGUCGGACAUCCUGGACCAGGUCAUGGACAUCGUGCCCGACGAGGUGGGCCGGACGUUUUCGGCAGGCGAGGGCCAACAGCCGAACAAUUUCCACCCGAAUGAACUCUCGGAGAAGAUGGCCAUUAACAUUAUCCAAAAGUCGCUAAUGCAAUGCGAAUCGGUUGUCAAGAGCCCUUCGUCGCCUACGAUCACACUGCCGGGGACGCCGCCUGCGUACACUCCAGCUGCAAUGACGACCCAGAACAGCCAAAUGCGGCCGUUCCAGCCCCCUCCCAACUACAACCAGGCGAGCUUUAUAGCCAAGCAGCGCCUCGCCGUGCGCCCUGGCGCCCCCCAAUACGCUGUCGCAACCGGUGGCCUCACCAACAGCCAGCAGUUGCAAAUCCAGCGUCGACAGCAGGAGGAAAAACGCCGCCUUCUCCAACAGCAACAGCAGCAGGAACUUUUAAUUCCGUCCAACGCAACCGCAGCUGAAAUAAACUCGGGGUUACAGAACAUUGAUAGCCUCCUCAACAAUACAGUAGCACCCAAUGUAUCCCUUCAACGAUCGGCCAGUUUACCAGAAUCUCAACUCUCUCCCAAUUAUGGAGGACAGUUGAAUCAACCGAAUCAGAGAAUCAACAGUCAACAGCCAUAUUCACCUCAUUCGCAAUUGGUGUCGCCGAUUGGACAACAAGCCGGGUUUCCGCAGACUUCAGCCGCCAACUACCAACAAGCUGGGGCGAGACUGUCGCCACAGUUCACGCAACAGAUGGCGCUGAGGCAGGCGUAUCCGCAGGGAAGUGCGCAAGGACAGAACUGGCAGCAGAACCAGGCCAGGCUCAGUCUGCAGAACCCCAUGCUCAAUGCCCAGCUCACCGGCAACUAUGUAUCAGGACGAAAUUUUCAGAGAGCACCGAACCAGCCGUCGGCGGCGCAACAGCAGCAGCAACAACAGCAGCAGCAGAGGUCUCUGAACAGUCCUGGAACGGUGACUUCGCGGCACUCGCCGUAUCAGCAAGACUCGUUUCCUCCACCUUCAUCCCCCAACUCUACCGCUUUCAACCAGACUCAGUACCUGAGGCUACAGCGCGCUAACAGCGUGCCCACUGCCACAACCCAGUUGCCAGGUGGCCUGGGAUCCCCCCGGCCAUACGGCAGGGAACACCACCCCCAUCCCUAUCCCCCGAUUCCCCCCAACCCCCACCAACACCCCAUGAUGUACCAACAAGACUCCUCCCAGUACUGUUAUGAUCAGACGGGUUUACAGUUAGCCUACAAUGGCGCAGACAGGGGUCGAGCGCCCCCACACCUCCAAGCCGGUGUGUCCGCAAGUGGCCCCACAUCGGAGUUCGUCCGGCAAGAGUUACGUGCGGUGGUCGGUGCCAGAACUGGGCAAGCACAGACAGCCCCAAAUAGGACUCAGUCUCAAUUACUCAACCAGCAACAAGUUGAUCUCGAAGCCUUAGGAAUUACGUUCGAAAUGCCCACGUCUGGUGCGAGUGAUAGCCCGAAACUUUGGGGUGCGAUGGGUUCAGAUAUGGGCUCAAUGUCUCCGCAGCCAGCGACCUCCAGGAGUUCUAUGGAGGAGGCGCGGGCAGGUGAUCACGGUAACAAGUCGUCGUCGCUGCUGCAGAAGCUGCUGUCCGAGUGACCACCGCGUGUACAUAAUAGAGAUAUAUACUACUAGGUACCUCAUCGGUUCAGUACCGCAGGCUGUAAUUUAGACAGGUUAGCUGUAUCAAGUGCAUUACUACGUUGCUUGUUCGUUUCGUUAGGGUAGUGCGGAGCGAGGGAAGGCGCAGAGGGCUUGAGUGCAAUUGUAAAUAAAUAGGAGGACUUUGUUUAUAUUUAUAUAUACAGCAUUAUAUAUAAAUAACGAUUAUACAUAAUUAUAUUUUAUUAUUGGACUUGUUUAAAUUUGACUAUGAUUACGUAACUGAGCGGCGGCUGUGCUGCAGCACCUACCCUGUUAUUCAUUAUUUUGGAUGUGUUUAGUGUUGUCUUCCUUUCAGUGAGUGUUCAAGCUACGCAUUACCAAAAAACAUAAAAAAAGAUAAAGUGAAUUUUAAAAUAAUAACAUAGUAACUGUUAAUAUUUUAUACAUAAUUUAAAAUACGUUAUUUGGAGAGCUCGUUUUGUUGGACAUUGUGAUAGGCAUCCAAGCCAUGUUACUGUUGCUAGGGACGUUCCUAGACCUUAUUAGUAAUAGCAUUCAUACUUGAUUAUUGUCAAUUACACCCCGCCACUAAAUUAAAAGAAAUGAACAAAUUGACAGACAAAACAUUAUUUAAUUACACAGAUAUUUUUUGUACAUUACUGGAGUUUUGAAAUAUAUCUAUAUAUAUUAAAAUAAAAGUAUAAUUUCUA